AACAUUUACACUUCAUCAAAUUCUUGUGUUAAAAUAAAACAAUGGUUUUAAAACCAUUCGUAGGGUUUAAGAACUAGGUUUUCCCCUUUAUUAGUGGUCGAACAAAACAUUCCUUAAUCCUCUUGUUCUUCAAUUUCUUCCCUAUUUUUAUCAAAUUUGAAGUAUUUUUCAUCGAAUUCUGUGUAAUUAUGGAAGCAUUGCAUGUUGCGAAGGCUAAUUUGACUGUUUAUCUUCAUCCUUCUCAAACUAAAGACGUCAAUGAAGCCGUUACUCGCGAGCUUAGCUCUCUUCUAUUCAAGUUCAGCGAAAUUUAUGAUGGUGUAUUGUUGGCACAUGAGAUUGCUGAUGUUCCAAGUAGACAUGGAAAAAUUCUAUCUGGGCUCUUUCCUUAUGUCGGUGUUCGACUGACGGCUAAUCUUCUACUUUUUGCUCCAAAGCCAGAUACAUAUCUAGAAGGUAAAGUUGUGAAGGUUGGGCAGGAGUCCAUACAUGUUGUUGUUCUCGGAUUUUCAGCUGCCAUUAUAACAGUAGAUGACAUUCGUGAUGAAUUUAGAUAUAAGAUUAAAAGUGGGGAAGAAAUGUUCCGAAGCACAUCACACAAGCGGCAUGUAAUUAAAGUUGGAACCAUGAUACGCUUUUUAGUCAAAAGCUUUGAUGAGGAAAUACUGCACAUAUCUGGGUCCUUAAUUCCAUCGAGCACUGGAAACAUUAAGUGGCAAUCAUCCUUAGCUAACAGUUCCCGGAAGCGGAUAGAAGUAUUAAAGGAUUUUAGUACUGGAACAAUUGAUGGAGGUGCUAUAUCUAAUGAUUAUCAUGUCUUGAAGAAAUCAAAGAAACAAAGAGUAUAACAAGGAUCCUAAAGGAUGCGAUAGGAUUAAAGACUCCCAAUGAUUUCAUGAUUGUAAUGAUAUUUUUUGCUUGUUGGCAUUGAUACACAAUCCAGCUCUUGACGAAAGGACCAGAAUUUGGGUGAACAUGCAGAACAAAACUAGGAUAUUAUAGGGCUCUUGUGAUAUAGGAAACUCAAAUCUGCAUGUGCAUGUAAUUUAUCAAUUUUAUAUCCAACGGAUUGUCCUGUAAUAUAUAGUAUGAUGUUUCCUUCCCAACAACGACUUCGGCUGGUCAGCUCUCAACUCUUGUUCUUUGUUAUCUGGGUUAUUUUAACAAUCUUAGUAUAUUCUUAUAAUUUAACUUGCUCGUUACCCCA